ACAUUGAAGACAGAAAGUUGACUGAACAGUUGAGCUACUUAAAAAAAAACAUUUUUUGUGGUUAGAUCGCGGACUCAUUCUACACCAAAGAGAGCUAGAGUAUGUCAGUAAGUGACAAAACAAGGAAAGAUCACAGGGCUCUGUACAAAGCUAGAACUCCCCCAUGGAAAGAAACCUACAGAAAGAGAUGCAUGGCCAGACUGAGAGAAAGCAGAGGAAAACUCCAGGAGAAGUUCCGUAACAUCAACACAACCACGAAUGAAAAGGAUGAAUUUAUAACUGAUCUGAUGAGGGAGGAGCUUCAGACAAUGCAGAAGAAUUUGUGUUCAGGGGAGGAGAAACUUGAUGUGGAGAUGGAUGAUUUUUCUGCUGCUGAUUUUGAUAUUGAAAGUGUACUGAAUCUCUUUGAAGAUAUUCAGGAGGAACUCCGUCAAGAGGAACUGAAGAUGUUGUCAGAGUUUGAGAAGUAUGAGGUCAGCUUACGCCAGGAAGAGGACGCACUGUGUUCAGCCAUUGAGAGUUUGUCAGCAGAAGAUGUCAUUUGUCCUGUGUGUCAAAAGAAUUGCAUGUUGCAAAACAAAUCUGUGAUAUUUUGUAAAUGUGGAGUCAGAGUUGAUACUGAACAAGAUUGUUUAACCCUUGUAAAUGUUAAGAAGCUGCUAGAGGAGGGAGUGAAACUUCAUGAAAAUACAUGUGACACCCCACCUACCUUUUCUGUCGUAUCAGACCUGGGACCACAGAAUCUCCUGAUGUCAUGCAAGUCUUGUGAUUGGAUGUCCAUAAUCAUCUAAGUUUCCACAAAUGACCAAGGUAGAGUAAAAAUGCAGCUAGCUUCAGAUACCAUGCGGUGGCUAGAACAUGGUUGUACAGUGUGAAGAGAUCGAUUGAAUGACUUGUACAUUAUGACAUUAUGUAGAAUACAAUGUAAUUUCUAGUACAAGUACAAAGUGGAAGUGUCGCAAGUGAUGAUUGCAGCCGGUGCAUGCCGCUGUGAUUUGUGACAGUUGUGAUGUAAUACAGAUUUUUUUUUCUUUUUAUACAAUUGUUCAUAAUAAAUCUGUCUUUUUCA